GAAGCAACGGUCGAUGACACGCCAAAGGACAUCGACACACUUUGUGCCGCGUGUCAAAAUUGACCUGGAACCCGGCGCGCAGCCUACAGUCAGGACCCAGUGGCGGCUGACUCAGCCCGAACUCACGGAGUUGCGGAGCCAGCUGGACUACCUCUUGGAGAAGGGGUUCAUUAGGCCCAGCACGUCCCCGUUCGCGGCACCAAUCCUGUUCACGCCAAAGAAAGACGGCGGGCUGCGAAUGUGCAUCGACUACCGGGCGCUGAAUCGGCGAACCAUUAAGUCUCGCUACCCAAUCCCACUCGUGGACGAUCUUCUCGAUCAACUUCGCGGAGCUCGCUUUUUCUCGAAAAUCGACUUACGCGGCGGUUACCAUCAGAUCCGAGUCUUCGCUGACGACUGCCACAAGACGGCGUUCCGAACCCGAUAUGGCAGUUACGAGUGCACCGUGAUGCCCUUUGGCCUCACGAACGCGCCCUCCACAUUCCAACUCACCAUGAAUGGCGUCUUCCGAGAUCUACUCGACAAGUGUGUCAUCGUCUACCUUGAUGACAUUCUGAUAUACAGCACAACACAGGAACAGCACCUCAAGGACCUCGAGCAAGUUUUCCAGCGGCUGCAAGAACACCGCCUCAUUACGAAGGGCUCUAAGUGCGAGUUUCUAAAACCCGAACUGGAAUUUUUGGGACAUGUGGUGGGAGCGGACGGCAUCAAAAUCGACCCGAAGAAAAUCACCACGAUUCGCGACUGGAAGCCGCCGACGAAUUUACAGGAGCUGCAGAGUUUUCUCGGGUUCGUUAAUUACGUCCGGAGGUUUAUCCCCAAUAUGGCAGGGAUAACCAGACCGUUAACUGACCCAUUGCGGAAGGGCACUUUGUUUGAGUGGCGGGAGAGACAGCAGACUGCUUUCGAUGAACUGCGAAAUUUUCUGACAUCGCCCCCGGUCCUCCGAAUCGCCGACCCAUCUUGACCGUUCGAAGUCUUGACGGACGCUAGCG